AUGGCUUCCAAUGCGGGACAUAACCCAGCGGCUUAUGACCCAGCGGUUAUUUACUGGGAUUGGGAAGGCACAAAGGCCCUAGUACGUCCGUCGCCAGGGUUAGAACAUCCUUCAAAGGCUUUGAAAUAUCCACCAGGGCUUGGUCCUACCGAGCAGUCCCCAUGGGAUAAGCCUUACUUCCAACGACCAGGAAGCAGGUCGAGGGCAGGCACAUUAAGGCGUGCUGAUGCCCUUAUUGGGGACCCGAAAGUCCAGCCAAACGUCAAUCUCGAGAAAUUUACUGUUUCUAUUGAGGCCCGUCGAGACUCGGAAGAUAAGCCAAUACCUCCCAAGAACAUGCCCAAUUUUCCGGAAACACUUUACUCAGAAUCCAAGCGUAAGGCCUUUGAAGAAAUGGGGAAUGGAUUUAUUGAUAGCCUGCAAAAAUUGGAUAAGUCUGGGACUGGAAUAAUCACUGAUUUUAGCCCCAUUUUGGAGGAUCAUUGGAAUCAACUUGCAGAGUUUUAUUCAGCAAUAGUUUCCGCAGCCCGAAUGUUGAAGAGUGAAGCCGCCAACUCUACGCAUUUAGCUGUAUUUAAUGGUUCACCUCCAACCCUCCAACCAUCACCUAAUCGUAAAUCUUCCCCGCAAGAAGAGCUUACAACCAAGGAAGCUUUUAAGUCUUACUCUACCCUUGUGGAGGAGUCUAAGAAAAAAAUAUCUUCUACUUCCUCAACACGGGGACAAUGGACAACUUAUGACCCAACUAAUGAGGACACAGGCGGUCUAGGACAAGAAGGUUUAAGAAUUCUGGGUCUAGUCGACGACACAGAUCUAGACUUUUCCAUGACCGAACAAAUACCUGAUGCCAAAGUCGACAAGAUUACACCUGUUGCAUCUGCAAUUAGCACAUUCGAGAAGAAGCUUUCAGAAGCCAUCAAGAGCGUCAAGGAAUCCGGGGCUGUUACCGCGAAAACUACCCAGAAUGAGGAUAUCGGAUACCCUGAGAAAAAUAGACAGAAUUUUCGAAUGCCCUUUGCAGAGGUUAUUGAAAAAACAGAUUUCUAUAAGUCCAAUCAUUUCAACCAAGCAGAAGCCUCUGUAGAUACCGAUAUCAAGAAGUCGAUCGAGUGCAUGCAAGCCGAAGACACAUGUACCAGAUCGGCCAACGACAUCACCCUAAAGACAACAGGUAUGGAUGCUGGUCUUAACGAAUCAUAUAUCAAGGGAGAGGAAUUUAUAUUCAAACCCUGCGAAUCAGAAAAAUACUAUUCUGUUGUGAAAGAUGAAGCCGUGAAAGAGUCUUAUCUUUCAGGAGAAACUGAUAAACCAGAGCUGAGCCACACUCAUAAAAAGACGUCGAACCCGACCGCAAACAAAAACACUCCGUUUUAUUGUGAUUACAGCGACGUAUCGUCAGCGGCAGAUUCUUUGUUCAACAUUGAUUGCGGCAGUACUCCCGAAGAAAUUACACCCGGAGAGGUCAGCCAUCUACCAUCAAUUACUGCUGACUCAACAAACAUAUCAAUAAUAGACAAAGAUGAAAAAACCCUGGGUCUACUUGAGGCUGAUAGUAACGACUCCUUCUCACUUUCAAUUGAAUCUUCUCUAUUCGUAGGGUCAACUCAAGAUGAACUUGAAAAACUGCAAAUUGAAGUCACAAAUCAAUUGGAAAAGGCGAAGGCUGAUGGUGGCUCAUUUACCGCAAAAUGGAUUGAUCAAUUUGGCAUCAAAAUGGAAAAGAGAAGUGAGAUUGGCAUCAGAUCCGAUUCUGAAGCAGGGGUUGAUCAAGCUGGUGAAGAUAAACAUUCCGCAAGUGUUUAUUAUGACGUUGAAGUUACUAGCAGUGAUAAUGAAGACGAGAUAACCGAUGAUAUGGAAGAAAUACUCGCACCUAUGAUCGAAUCAAUUAUACAAGGAUCUGAAAUUGAUGAAAGUGCAAAAGAACACAUCUACGAUUUCGAGGACCAAACAAGUACCAGAACUAAUGAUAAGAAGGCAGAUCUCAAAGCCAAUAGCGACGAAAGUGGAGAUGAGCUCGGCAUAGGGAGAGAAGAGGGUGAUCAUCAAGCGGGAGAUCUGGCGGACGGAAACAAUGUUGAACUUGCAAGUAAUAAGAGUCAGACAGGAGGUAAACCUGACGAGGCUGUUAUCCGUAUCAAGGACACGGAGAAUAAUAAAGAUGGUGAUAAGAUGGGCAGAAUGAAUUCAGAAGAGCUGGGCACUGCCAAACUCUGA